UGAUUCCCACGCGCAUCGGCCGAGCCGCUCUGAUUGUAUCUGCAUUGCUGUUCUCGGCGCCUUCGGUUCUGUUCUCGCGUUUCGGCGACACCCUUUUGGUUUCGGGUCGUGUCUCCGCCCCUGCAAUGCGAGGAUCGCGGUUUCUUGGGCGAUCGUGGCCUGAUCAUCGAUGUUUUGUUGAGGGGGGGUUUUAGCACAUUUUCGUCAGUUGGUAUCAUGCGGGGUCUGAGUUGUCCGUUUAAUUUAUAUUCUUUUCCGGCGCAGUGGACGUAAAAUUCGAGGAGAAAAAUGUUCUGCGAUUUGGGUUGAUCAGCCUGGUGAUCGUAAUGUAAUUCUGGGUUGGCGUGUUUCAUUGGCUCGAUUGUGGACUCGGAGGGUUUUGGCUUUUAUGGUACUUCGAUUUUUUUUGUCUUUCUUGGUUUUGACGGAUGGUUUACCUGAGUAGUCCUGCUUUGGUCUAUGUUGAUCUUUCCGUUGAUUCUUUGUUCCAGUGUCAGCUAAUAGGACGACUAGUAAUUUUUUAUUUUAAUUUAUAAUAUUUUCUUCUUGUCAAGACUCCUCACUGCAUUGGAGAAACGACAGAACAGUGUGAUUAUUUGAAAAUGGUGAUUCUUCUUUUCUGUUUGGCAGAAUACAGGAGUAGUCAGUUUUUGCACAAGAGCUUUGCCAUCAUCUUUCUUGUCUUCUCAUUUGAAGAGACGGUGGUGUUCUGAGUUUCGUGAACGCGAAUUGUAAAAUGUCUCCUAGUUUUUUUCCCUGCAUCGAACUCUUGUGUCUUUUGUUUAUCAAAAUUAAUUUGUUUCAUUGAUGGGCUACUGAAUUGUUGUAGCCCUCCAUUUUCAAAUCUUUGAUCCCAGUAGAACUUUGGCAGCAACUGCAAAGGACUUCUGGCAGCUGCUCUAGCUGGCAACUUUGUGGCCGCUCUAGUGUCAUUCGACUUUGUGAAGUUGCAAAUGGAGGAAGGCAAACGUGAAAUAGAGUUCGAUGAGUUCGAGAAGCUUCUCGGUGAGAUUCCUAACCCUACCUCUGGGGAUUCGCACACUGGGGAAUCUGGACUGAAAAGGGCGUGUUUGGAUGAUAGCUCGUUGCCCAUACUUGUCGAUUCUUGCAGAGGGCCUUCAAGUGAGAAAUAUUCAACCAAUGGGGGUCUGCAUGUAUCGAUGAAUGAAGUUCAGCGAUCACUUGUUGAAACUGCUCAAAUGGAGGGAAGGAAGCUGCCAGAUGACCAUUCCUUCAUAUCUGCUUUUGCAGAAUUGAGCUUUUCCAAUGGACUGACAUCGGAAGCUGUUAAUCAUCCUUUGACUAAUUGUAUGUCCAUGCCAAAUGAUGCCAUUUGCUCAGGAAGCCAGUACCCUGUCAGCUUAAGGUUUCAUGAUCUGGCCGGAGAGUCCCUAUGUAACAAUGUAUGGCAAUCGGAAGAUGGUGGCUUUUAUGGUUCUAACAAGUAUUGUAGCACAGAGUUUGGCAAACAGAAUGCAAAUUUAGUAGAAGUUAAUGGUGAAGUUCACCGUGGGCGACAAAUCGGUACUUGCCAGUCAAUUGAAAAUUAUGCUACUGCAGUGCCAAUCAGCGGAGGGGUUCCUCUCAUACCGAAUGUACCUAUCCCGACCCAAGAGUUUCCCAUGAUCCCUAAUAAGCCACACUAUUUCACGAAUCAGCAAUCUCAAUUCUCUUCCUUCUAUUCACCACGACAAAUGCAUGAGUCACAAUUUCCUUGCAGAAAUGUAGAGGAGGAACACUUCCACAGUAUGCAUCAGCAACACCUGUAUCUGCAGCACUUGUACAGACAUCAGUUUGAUUCUCAGCAUGCUGUGCAAGAUGGUGCCUAUCUCGCCACUAGGGUAGUGAAUCAAAAUGCCAGUCAAUCACAUUAUGAGAUGCCAGUGGCUCACUUACUUGAACAAUCUAAGCAGGGACCAUUUUUACGCUCGUGUGGAAAUUCGCAAUGUAAGCAACCACAUGUCGAGUUUUCUUCUGGAGAUGUCCAUUCUGUGCAAAACUUUGGAAGAAUCUCCGAGCAGGUUGUGCCAGAAAAGAUUCUGACAAGAUCAUGUGGCCUAAAUGCAUUAAGAGCUUUGAAAUUUGGCUCUGUCCGAGGAAAUGAAUUACUAAGCCACAUCAGCCGGAGUGGAAGAGUUAAUUUGAAUGGUCAACACUUGCACAACCUGUGCAAUCCUAGUACUGGAUGUUUCAGAUCAGAGAGUUUGAACCAAUGGGGUUUGUUCCCUGAUACAGCCAGUCUUAGAAGUGCUGAUCUGAGGUUGCAGAGGUGUAACAGUCUGGAUGAAGUCAGCGGAAGAAUAUAUCUCAUGGCCAAGGACCAAAAUGGUUGCCGUUUUCUUCAAAAGAAGUUCUCUGAGGGAACAAGAAAGGAUGUCGAGCAGAUAUUUUCUGAGGUCAUUGACCAUAUAGUCGAGCUGAUGACAGAUCCUUUUGGCAAUUACCUGGUCCAGAAGCUGCUUGAAGUGUGUGAUGAUGAUCAGAGAAUGCAAAUACUUCAUGUUAUCACUAGGAGACCGGGUGAUCUGAUUCACAUUUCAUGUGAUAUGCAUGGGACCCGAGUUGUUCAAAAGGUUCUUGAGACCCUUAAAACUGCAGAGGAGUUCUCUGUUGUGGUUUCUGCCCUAAAUCCCGGUAUAGUUAUUUUAAUGAAAAACACGAAUGGUAAUCAUGUUGCUCAGCACUGCCUACGCUACUUACCGCUGGAAUACAAAGAGUUCCUCUUUGAAGCUGCUGCCGCUAAUUGUCUCGAGCUGGCUACAGACCGCCAUGGCUGUUGUGUGCUUCAGAAGUGCCUCAGUCACUCUGGUGGUGAGCAGAAAUGCCAUCUGAUCAGUGGGAUCACAUCCAACGCUCUAAUUCUUUCACAGGAUCAAUUUGGGAACUAUGUAGUGCAAUUUAUUUUUGAGCUUCACGUGCCCCAUGCAACAAGAGAUAUACUUGACCAAUUGGAUGGCAAUUAUGGAGACUUGUCCAUGCAGAAAUAUAGCAGCAAUGUUGUGGAGAAAUGUUUGAAAUUUGCUGGUGAAGAACAUCGCACUUGCAUUAUCCAAGAGUUGAUAGAUGAUCCUCGGUUAGCUCAGAUCAUGCAAGACCCUUUUGGCAACUUUGUCAUCCAAGCUGCACUGGAAAAAUCAAAGGGAGCUCUUAAAGCUGCAUUUGUGGAUGCUGUAAGGCCCCACGUUCCUGUGCUUCGGACAAACCCAUAUGGCAAGAAAGUUCUCUCAUGUCCCUCCUUGAAGAAUUAUCGAUGGUAUGAUUGACAGAAAUUCUCAAGCUCUGGAAAGAGCACAGAAGGAGAGCUUGCAAUGAAGUUGGCACGUCUCAUUUCAAGAUUUUGUAACCUUCGAGUAGGACUUUGAGAAAGAUAUGUUCCAAGAAUUGUAAAGCAGCAGCUGGAAGUUUUUGUUGUUCCUUAGUCCAUACACAUCCUUUUUUAACUUUUAAGUUUUGUCGGACUAUUGUGAAGCUGAGCUUCUAGCACGGUUCCAGCAUAGAUCAGCAGUUUUGCACAGAAAAAUAAGGAAUUGUAAAGGUGUAGAGUACCUUCAAGCUUAUGCAGGGCGGAGCUCUGUUCUUUUGAUCUAGCGGCUUUUGCGCCCUAGACCUAUGUUGAUCUCUGUACAUGCUUUGUUCGUAUAUUUCUGUUAUAGAUCGUUGUUCAUUCAAUGGCAA